UCGACUUUUUUGUUCAUCAUCAUCAUCCAAUUUUCGCGAAAAAAACGAAAAAUCUUUUGUGAUUUUGAAAAUGUCCAAAAUUAGUUAUUCGGUAAUGAAAAAGCUCAAACUUGAUCGUCUACUUAAACGGCAAGCAAAUUUUGAUCAAGUUAUUGUUUUCGAUGAAGAAUUUGAAUUGAAAUAUAAUCAUCAUGGUAAUCGAAAUUAUUGGCUAACGUUUGUCGAUUUUUGUAGUACAUAUAAAUAUGAUCCAAAUGGAUCAUGUUUAAAAACGGCUACCUAUAAAGAUAUUGUGAACAAAGUGAAUGAAUGGUUACUACAAUUACCACAAUAUCGUCAUCGUGAUCGUCUUACACCUGGCCAGCCAAUAUGGACAAUUAUUAAUUGUGAAACAUUAUAUGCAAAAAUAUCGAUUAGUUUUUCAGAGAAUGGUGAAAUUACACGCAAACGUGUGAUGCAAUUUUCAAAAUGGCCAUUAAAUGAUGAAUUGUUUAUGAAUCUUUAUUGUGAAGGAAAUACAAUGACACAAAAUUUUGAACAAAUUUUUAAUGGCCGAUAUAUUGUCGUGUUAUUACGUGUUUGGAUGACAAAACAGCCAUAUUUUCCAUUAAUGUUAAUUUUACCACCACCAACAAUUGCUAUCAAAGAUUAUUGGCCACAAAAAAUUACAGUCGAUGAUAUUGUUAAUCACAAUCACAAUAAUAAUAAUGAACAUAAAAAAGUGAAAAAAACGGCUGAAUUUCGUAGAAAAUUGCGUCGAACAUUAAGUAUUGAAAAUAGCAGUGGUGGUAGUAGUAGCAGUAGUAGCCAUCAUCAUCAUCAUAAUCAUAGUGAACCAAAAGAAUGUUUAGAGAAAAUUCAAGAAAUCACUAAACGAAUUAAUGGUGAUAUAAUCAGUAAACAAAUACAUGGCCGUAUAUUGAAUGUAAUAACAUUUCCAUGUUAUUAUAAUAAAGAAAAUCAUCUGAAUGUUUCGGAUGAACCGAUACAAGUGGGUGGAAAAAUUCCCAAUGGACAUAUUGUCAACAUGAUACGUGUUUUCUAUGUAUGGAAACCAAUUUGUGAAUAUGAUAAUGAGAUAUCCACACAGAUUCCAAAAGAGCUGAUCGGUAUCAUUGAUUUUGUUCCACGUUGUAUAUCUGGUGGUGGAUUCAUCAAAUAUCCACGAUUUGAAACACAGACCGAUAUUAUUGAUAAAGCGACAAUGUGGAUGACGAAAAAUUCUCAAUAUAAAUUUCUAAAUUUUAGUUCCAUCGAUAUAAAACUUAAAUCAAUGACCUCAAUCGAUUCGGGUGAAAUGACAUUUGCUCGAAAUACAGGUGAUUUUGUACGAAUAAUUAGACUUUGUUACUUGAAACCAUAUCUACCAAAUAAUUAUGAUAGCUGUAAUGAAAAUAUUUCCGAUAUAAUCAAUUGGAAACCAUCGGCACCAAUUUAUCUUCAAUGUAAAAAUAUUGUAUCCAUAAAUAAUUCAUUGAAAGAAUUACAACAACAAAUGAAUGAUUAUCUAUUGAAGGCGAGAAAAAAUGAUUAUCAUAAUUCAGCUAAUUAUCAAUAUUAUACCGGUGGUGAAAUUGAACGUUGGCGUUUCAUUUGUGUAGAUUCCGUGGCCAUUUUCAUCAGUAAUAUUAGUAAUAGUGGUGAUUCACGUAAUCGUCGUCACAUUAUAAUGGCCGACUGUGAUAAAAGUUUUCAUGCAAUUACAAUAUCUUCCAAUCAUGCCAGUAUGAAUCGUAAUAUGUUGAAUGGUAUCAAUAUUUUCUAUGAUAUCGGAUUGUAUGGACGUCGUCCGAAAUCAAAUAUGACAUUAUCAUUGAAUGAUACGGAUAAUAAUGAUAAAUUGAAUGGAAAUUCUGUAAGCCAAAGUGAUAAUAUCGAUAAUAGUAAUAUGAAAAAUGGCGAUGGUGAUCAUAAAAAGAACGACAGAAAAAUCGAUCGGAUUCAGCAUUAACAUCGGCUACAACCACCACUACGGAUCAAAGUAGUUGUUCAAUAGCUUAAUUAAUUAAUUUGUAAUUUGUUGAACAUUUGUAUUGUUGUUGUCCACAUUGUCCACACCCAUAAACUUGAAACAAACGUUAACAAUGAAUUUUGACGCAUUAAAAAUCAUCAAAAUCUGAUUAUCAUGAUUGC